UCUCUCUCUCUCUCUCUCUCUCUCUCUCUCUCUCUCUCUCUCUCUCUCUCUCUCUCUCUGGUUCAGUGGUGGUGCGUUUGUUUGUGUGACGGCGAGUCCCGGUGGUGUAACCGGAGAGGGGCCUCGCAGAGGGAAUGCAGGACUGCAAUGGAGCACAAUGCAAUACAGUGGUUGGGUGCUCCCUGCUGCCAGAGAGGCAGUUACGCCUUCUACAAGUCGGUCGGCAGCAAAACCCGAGCCGACGGCCCCGUGCAGGUGUGGCGGCUGGGCGAGUUUUACUUUGUCCGCUGCGGGGCGGAGGAUCCCGUGUGCAUCGCUGAGGUGACUUUACUAUGGGAAGACCAGACGCAGCGCCACCUCCUGGCCAGCACCAGACUCUACUUCCUGCCAGAAGACACGCCAAAGGGUCGAACCGGGGAGCACGGAGAGGACGAGGUUGUGGCCGUGUCCCGAAAGAUGGUAAUGCGGGUGGAGGACCUGGUGCGGUGGUCGUGCGCCGAGCCGCCGGCGUGGAUAGUCAAGCCGAAGGCAGCGCCGUGCGUCACCCCCAACCGAAUCCACAAACCGCCACAGGGGGGCGACGCGGCCGACAGCGCCGGCAACACGACAGACUACAAGCCUCUGAAGGACAAGAGUGAAAACGGCGUGGCCGAAUCCAAAAGCGUCAAAGUCCUCAGCUACCCACAGUAUUGCCGCUACCGCUCGCUGCAGAGGCGCAUCCAGGACGGCGCCCGGGGCCCGGCGCUGCAGGACGCCCACCUGUUGGCCCUGGGCGGCGUCAGGGUGACGCCCAGCACUCGCUUGAUGUACUGCAGGGACACUUUCAACCACCCCACGCUGGAAAGCAGCGUCAGCUUCUCCUGGCACUUCCGGUGUCCAUCUCUUAGCCUCCGAGGACGACCCCGCAAGAGACGAGGCCACGACGGCAGAGACACUCCGACCCCCGGCCAGUCGGAAUCCUGGAUCGAGAAAAUGAAGGAGAACGUGAUGGGCAGCGUCGAGGUGGGCGGCGACAGCGGCUGGCUCCCUCAUCCCGAAGAGCAGCUGUUCCUGGACGAGCUCUUCGCCUUCAUGGAGCGCCAAGGCUCACCCAUCCACAAAGUGCCCAACCUCGGCUUCAAGAAGAUCGACCUCUUCCUCAUGUACUCAGUGGUCAGACGUCUUGGAGGCUAUGAAAAGGUCACGUCGGACCGCAUGUGGAAGGUGGUUUACAACGAGUUGGGCGGAUGUCCCGGCAGCACGAGCGCCGCAACCUGCACCAGGAGACACUACGAAAGGCUGAUGCUCCCUUACGAAGAGCACCUGAUAGCUGGAGGCAUGGAACUCCAAAUCCCACAAUGCCACCUGCCCGUAAAGCCCAGAGGCAUCCGAGGGAGGAAGCCGCUCCCACGGAACCGAAAACCUGGACCCAAAGUCAAAGCCAAAAUGGCAGCCACCCCACCUACCACUAUCACCACCGCUGACGGCACCGUGGUGGUGGUGAAGCGAGGGCGAGGGCGGCCGCCGGGCAAGCGCAACAAGGCCUCUCUGAUCGCCGAAGCCAAACUGCUGGCGCAACAGCAAGCCAAAGUCAAAGCCGAGUCGUCGACGGCUCUCCUGGCGGCCGAUGGACCGACGCCAAACGGCGGCGCGCAGCAGGUGCCGCAGCCUCUCGCCUCUACCUCCCUGCAGCCCGCCCAGCCGGCCCCCCUUCCCAUCAACAUGCCCCUCACUCCCGACCUCUCCCCCAUGUCCACCCCCUUCCUCCCCUUUCCGCCCAAGCCAAAGGAGCAGCCCAAGGAUCGGGCCGGAGAGUCGGCAGCCGCGGCUCCGGGCGCCCUCCUCUCGGCGCUGCCUCGCCAUUUUGUGGGCGGAUCCUUGGGCGGGUUUAGCCCCAUCAAAGGCCUGUGUCCCCUGGACGUGCUCAGGAACUGCGUGAGCUUCCAGAGGGUCAUGGAGGGCCCCGGCCUGACUCCCCAAGAGCCGAGUCAACCGCACGCUGCCGUCUACGCCCUCCAGCCCAAACACGGAAGCCCGGACACGCCUCUUACGAGCGGGGACCAGCUGCCACCGCCGCCGCCGCCGGCCCGCCCUGUUCAGCAGCACCACAACCUGUACUCUGGGUGCAACCUGGACGAGGACACCGAGAGGGGAGGCGCUCGGGACCCACGCUACCGUCAACCUCUGCCCCCACUCCGGGUCCUACCUUUGGACCUGGACUGUAGUGUCCAAGUACGACAGCUGAUGAGGACGCGCCUGGGCUCGACUCAGUUUCAAAGCUUCACUCGCAGGCUCUCCGAGGCGCUCUCCCAGGACCUGAGCGUCAAGCCGCCGUGCUCUCCCAUCACGCCGCCGCCCGAGCAGGCCCUGCCCCUCAACCUCAGCAAGCGCUUUACCCUCAAGCGACCCGGCGCGGACCCGGCCGAGCCGGGUCAAGCGAGCGCCAACGGCGCGGAGUACGAGCCGUCGCUCAAGAAAGUCAAAGCCAAUUGCUCGGAGCGCGCCGCAGACUUUAGCCUGGGCGGCGGCCCCGGGCGCCUCAUCUCGGGGGCCAUCGGAGGCGGCGGCCAGGAACCGGGAGCAAAAAGCCAGGAGGAACCGGCAGACCUGAGCUCCCCCGGCAGGAUCAGGGCCUUCCUGCUGGGCCUGCCGCCUUUCCAGGUGAAACUGGACGAGGAUCUGAACGGGAUGAAGUUCGGCAAAGUCCUCCCGUCGGGCUCCGGGAUGGAAAGCCAGAGGACUGUGACGGCUACGAAAGAAGCCGAAGCGGAGCGAACGGAGACGAGUAACCGCAAGUCGGAAUUCACGACCAAACAGGACGGGAACGUCGAGAUGCCGAACGAGGACGUCGAGGAGCAAGGCAACACCUCGGCGGACAAAAUGGAGGAAUUCGGCGAUCAGAUGGUAGCCAGUGUGGAAAAGUGUGACGUGGAAGUCUCAAAGGGCCACCCCAGCCCCGUUCUGCCCCAGGCCGGUGCUCUGGUCCUGGCUCAGCAGAGCUGAAGAGAGUCCACCCACAAAACUAUCAUCCACCUUUUAUUUUUAUUUUUUUGCCAGCCUAGUGGGAGGCCAACAUCUGCGCUCGGAAUGUUUUGGAUCACAUUCUUACAGUCGCACAGACAAUCGCAAAUCAUUUCUUUCUUUUCCGGGAAACAAGCAACGGAGACUCUUGAACAAGCGUUGCCACACGAUUAGCCCCCACCCUUCCCAUCCAUUAUUCAAAAGAAAUAUUGAAUUAGAUCCAUCAAUAAAUUAAAACCUAAGGCUUAUUAUUACGCAUAAGGGGCAUGCUAUGCAUCGAGCCGUCCCAACGAGCAUCUGUACUGUAGUUCGGUAGCUUCAAAUUUGAAUUGUGCUCGACUUCUGUCGAGACGGUUAUUUUCGCAUAAAAAAAAAAUAAUGUUCUUGGGAGCACACACACGCACACACAUAUAUAUAUGCGUGUGGGCCACUCCCAGAAGUCGUGCUCAUUCGUUAGUUAGCUUGACGUUAUAUGAAGUGUUUAACUAUUAGCUCGCUUUUCCGACACUAACGUGCCUUAUAGGGGCUCGCGGUCAUCGCCGGCUUCGCUUCGCUUUUUUAAAGAGAUACCUUGACGCCGGGAUGGAAAUUUUCACGGCGCGCCACCAAACGCAGAAACAUUCACGUCAAGUAUAUCGUGAUGAGCGCGUCCGAAUUCACUCGUAAAUCGUACAACUAUGGGACCUGUUCAGUUGAACGCAAGCGAUCAUUCUCGUGUGUGACUGAGUGCGUGUGUGCACGUGUAUCGUUUUAAUUGUACCUCCUGCCAUUUAGUGAAAAAGAACAUUUUCUCUCUGUCAUUAUCUGUCGCCGGAAUAGAUGACUGAAAAGCGAUACAUAUGAUGGAGAAUUAUUUUGGACACAGCCAAAGGGGAAACAAAAAAAAGUACAACUUUCCACGUCAAGGUGUCCCUUUAAAUCCCUGCCUUCUUCCUUUUGAAAUCAUCGGUAUACUUUAUGGUUCAAAUUUGCACAUGUCCAUAUUUAUACGCCUGUCAUCUUUUUUUUUUUUUUCUUUUCUUGAGUAGUGGAAGCAAGAUCUACGACUGUCCAUCCUUUCAUGACUACCUGGUGCUGUUUAUUUCUUGUUCUGUAGCGGCUGCCAUCUUGUUGCUGCGCCAAAGCCAAUCUUGUCCAACACUCAAACCUCUCUCCGCACUCACACUCACACACACACACACACACACACACACUACAAACUCCAAUAUGGCGAAGUGUUUCACAAGAUAGUGGAAUACUUCCCAUUUGUGUCAUAGUGACACUUCUUUUUUUUCUUCUUCUUUUUUUUCCAGUUACCAUUUUCAUGUAUCACACUGUUUGGUCAUUUUACGUCCAAUCUGAAUGAUACUUUCCGUUGUUUCACUUUUUAUUUAUCGAGAGUGAGCGUGAGCGACGGUUGCUGAGCUGAGAAUCAAUUAAAAAAAAAAUAAUAAUAAUGUAAUACAAUAAAUGUGACAUGACAACAAUAAGGUAAUAUGAUGAGAAAAAUAUAUUUAUGAAAAUACUUACAGGAAUUUUCAUAAUGAAUAUUGUGACAUUAGUUUAAAAAAAAAACCAAAAUAAAGUCAUAUCGGAGUCUGAAUUUUACGAGGAACAAAAUAAAAAGUACAGGAAGAAAGUUGUAAAUUUAUUAGAAUAGCCGAAAUAUUAAGAGAAAAAAAAAUUACAAUAGCGUCAUAACGUUAGUAAGAAAACAUACUCCUAUGAAAAUAUAGUUGUGAUGUUAUGGGAUGAAUUUAAUAUUAAAAGGGGCGAAAAAACGUAACGUUACACACACACAAAAAAAGAUUGUAAAUCACAAAAUACAGUCGUGAAUUUCCUGCGAUAUAUUUUAUAUUACAAGAAUAAAAAUGUACUUUUCCAAACAAAAAUGUGUAGAUUCCCAAAGAAAAUAUUACAAGGACAAAGUUAGGUGGAAAAAGUUGUAUAUUUACUGAAAAAAGAAAAUCGGUCAGUUUCUUAUAUGAAAAUAAAAACAUUUAGGUGAAAAAAGUUGUCAUGUUAUGCAAAGUUUUUUUAAUAGAAUAAUGUUGUGAUGCAAGAAAAAAAGUAAAUCUACUGGAAUAAAAUAAGGAUUUUGUGCCCCCCCCCUCAAAAAAAUCACAGAUAUAUGAGUUUAAAAAAAAUUGUUACACUACAAGAAAGUCAUAAUACACUAUUGUGAGGGGGGGUUAAUAAUAAUAAGCCAUCAUUUGUACAAAAACAAACUCUUCCUAUGGAAAAAAGUUUUGCCUAAAUUUCAAAAGCAACUAUUUUUUUCUCAUGGCCUUUAUGACCGUGUGGGGAAAUUUAAAAAUUGAAAGUUUUUUUUUCCUUAACACGGCAUUUGUUUUCUUAAUUAUAAAAAAAAAAAACUUUAUCCUGUGGCUUUUUUUUCUUGGAUUAUUACAAAUUUAUUCCCAGAACAUUGAGUGACCCCCACCCCACCACCAUGGGGGGUAUAUAUAUAUAUAUAUAUAUUCAGAUUUUUAAAAAUACAGCAGUUGUUUUUUUUCUUAAAAAAUCUAUUCUGAUACUAUUGUUUUUUGUUUGUUUGUUUUUUCUUGCCCACUAAUCAUCCUCUUGAACUUCAUCCAUACGGGACCUAAUUGUCUUAAGUGGCUUUUUUUGGUUGUUUUUGUUUAUUUGUGCUUUAAAAACGAAACGUGACAGCCAUUUUAAAUCGCACGUGCCAUUUUCAUUUUCUGUCUGCAACAACAAAUGUGACGUUGAAGCCAUUUGGUCGCAUCACGUUCAUAUUUCAAGCUGGUUUACUUACUUUGCCUCUCGCCAAAGUCCUGUGUGUGUUUUGAGCAUCUCGCAGCAGCUCACUGAAUGCCAGUUGAUUCCUUUUUUUAUGUUUUAUUUUCCUCUCAAGUUUUAUUUUUUAACCUUCUUGCAUGUUUUAUGUUGGAUGAUACGCCACUGGGGCCGAACACCUGCUGGGGAGUGGACGCGGGGAUCUUGUAGUCUCAAGGGCAUGUAAAAAAAAAAAAAGAUAGUAACCAUUUUGUUUCCUCUUUGAUUAUUUAAGCUUAGUCUAGGGUCUUUUUUUUUUGUCUUACAGAUUUCAAUGUUUACAUUUUAUUUUUGUUGUAUGCAUGUUCGGAGUUGAUGUAUAACCCGGUGUUUUUGCACACUACCACAACAUUGAUGGGCUCUCUCCAACGGCACGCGACUUAAACAUUAGAAAGUGCCUGAUGACUUUGGAGCCGGCUUGGACGUUUAAAAAAAAAACAUUGUGGUGGUUGACUUGAACAUAAAGCCGUUUGUACUUUUUUCUUUGGGGGGGGGGGGGAUCACAACGGUGAGAAAUUCACAGGACAGCACAGCAUGAACUGGACCUUCAGUACUUUUCCAUCAUAUGGGAAAGUUGUUUUGGGUUUGAUUGACGCAAAAGACAUUCAUCGGCUUCAAGUGACCAGUUUAAAGGUGUUGUCUCGAGGAAGGGGGAAGAAAAAAACGUUUUGAAGAAAAUUGUCCCAAAAAAAAGGGAACGUUUUAACAUGGCUUCACAUUUGUGUGAAAACUAAUAGAUAAUAUAUAAAUUUUUAAUUAAAAAGUGCUAACAGUAGAAACCACCAAUUUUCAUGAAUUUUACAUUUUACAACAACAACAUUCCUCAUUUUUGUGUAAUUUGUUUUGAUCCGAAAAUGUUGCUGGGUUAAAUUUGAAAAAAAAAACUUGUUCGGAUGAAAGCUUUUGUCUUGGAAAGUGCUAAAAUGAUAACAGUGGAAAAACGUACUUUUUCAUGUGUUUAUAUUUUUGGACGAAAGUUUAUAUUUUCUUCCAAAUACAGUAUACCUUUCCAUGUUAAAUCCAUCCAUGAUACAAAACGGAUGAUGCGGCACCUUUAAACUUGUCGCCCCGAUGAAUGUCUGAGAACACGUCAACAUCCUCUGACCUCACUUUUUUUUCUUUUCUUUUUUUUUUGAUAUCACCUCACCUGACACCAAAAUACAGGUCAUCUUCAGCAUCGUUGUUGCAACUACAUCAUUUUAUUAUUUCGUUUUUUUGCUCCCCUUGUGAAUUUGUGUCAUUUAGACAACUGCAACACAAGCUCAGUUACCUUUUUUUUUUUUUUUUGCCUAAUAGCGUUAAAAAAAAGAAUGGCAGUGUCAGGUACCAUUCCAUAUUAACACACUGUAUAUUUAUAAUAAAAGUAUUCUGAAGAGAAA